CCUGCGACUGUGUUCCAUCCAUUGAGAUAAACCUCAGUUCUGAAAGAAAGGAGAAAACUAAACAUAACAAUGUCAGCUUCUAAGUCUGCACUGUAUGGAAUCGGAACCGCAAUUUUCCGUACCCAUCGAACCGCACCUGUAACUGUUAAUUCUUCCUUUAUCUUCUUCAAACCUAUUCCCUUCACGCCACCGCAAUUCCUCCGCCGCAGUUCCUCCUCUUCCGCCGCCGCCGAAACACUGCCCUCCGUCGACCACCCCUGGUCGGAAUGGGUCUCCUUCGUGGACCGCUUGAACGCCAAAGGCUACCUCUCCAAGCCCUCCUCUUCCGACAACACUGUAAGCCUUUACACCGACAUGAACUCUCUCAAGGACGCUUGUCUCAGCUUCGGGCGCGACCGUUACGACCUGAUAAAGUUGCUGCCGAUGAGCGAAAUCCAAGCAGUUGUUGAGGGAGGGUGCCCUAAUCUUCUCCGUAAAGCUGUUAAUUCAGCUAAGAGGCUGAGAGCACACCUGCAGUUAGAUGAAGGGGACGUCUGUGGUGCUUGCAACCUACGAAGCUCCUGUGAUAGAGCUUAUGUGAUUCUAAAGAAUUUUGAAACUGAUGCUCGAACUGUGGAUAUAGUUCGAAUACUUUUGUUCUAUGCACUAGAUUCACUUGUCCUUUUUGGAGGAAACAAACCACCUGGCCGAGAAGUUAUUGAAUCAUCCGCCAGAAAACUUCUCUGUCAGCUGAUUGAGUUGAGUGAGUCCCCUACUCCUGCUCCUGCAGUUGCUCGUUCAAAGCCUACAGCACAGGAUCCUGUGGGAGAAGGCCAGUCUCAAAGUGUUAAAAGUAAUCAAUUGCCUAAAGAUGUUGAGAUGAAGAAAGGUGACUGGAUAUGUCCAAAAUGCAAUUUUAUGAACUUCUCCAGAAAUAUCCAAUGCCUGAAUUGUAAGGAUGAUAAGCCUAAGGAUAUUAACCCGCCCAUUGUUCAAAUGAAGCAAGGAGAUUGGACCUGUCCUGAAUGCAAUUUUUUAAAUUUUGCCAGAAACCCACGUUGUCUAAAAUGCAAAACAGAGGGGCCAAUAAAAGAAGCCAAUACUAUUACCGAUGAAGUUAAAAUGAAAAAAGGAGAUUGGACUUGCCCACAAUGUGGGUUCAUGAAUUAUGCUAGGAACACGAAAUGUUUGCAUUGUCCCGAGACAAGGCCUAGGAAACAUCCUGGGGAUUGGAAUUGUACAAAGUGUGGGGUCAUGAAUUUUGCUAGUAGAAUGAAGUGUUUGCAUUGUCAAGAGCCAAACCCUAGUUCCAAGAAAUAUCCUGGGGAUUGGGGUUGUCCCAAGUGUGAUUUCUACAAUUAUGCAAAAAAUUUGGCUUGCCUGAAGUGCAACACUGAACGUCCCAAAGAGCAACCAACUAUGGACUAUUAUGCGGAUCAUGAAUGGAGACGAUCAAAGUGAUAAGGAAAAA